AUGUCUGAACGCCGGGACUCCACGUGCCGAAAACAUGAACUACCGAAGUCACUACAAGGCACAGAAGAUGCCGAGUUUGUUUGGAGUAUGAUAACCGAAAGAUUUCCAAAUGCUGCACCGCUUUUAUGCGAAAUGGAGGCUGUUAUCGAUCGCGCAGAAGAUCUUCUUCAGCAACUACGGACACCAUGUCGAGAAAUUGAAACAUCAACCUCUUUCUGUACACAAGAUUCGGAAGAAUCAACUGUAAUGAUUUCUGCCAAGGGAUCACUAACCACGGAAAGUAACGUAGAAAGUGAUAUCGUAAGUAAGAACGUAGCGGAAAUACAAGUUUCUGAAAGCAGUAUUUACGAAGAGGAGAUUAAUUUGAAUAGUCAGAGUGGAAAUUCAGUAAAUAAAGAACAGAAUAAUGGGAGUCAAUCAAGUGAUUCUUUUAUAACAAAUCCUUCCUACACUACAAAGAAACAUUUUAGUGAUGCAUCUGCUUCUCUUAAUAUUGAAACAAAUACUGAUCAAAUAAAAAAGAUGCAUAGUUUGGAGGAAUGGGCGAAAAUAGUAGAUAAUGCCAUGCGUGAAGAUACUGGUGAAGUACAGUCUGUUAAAAAAACAAUUAAUAUGUUUGAGAAACGUAUUAAUAGUAAAGAAAUUGAAAUAGAAAAUUACAAGAACGAAGAAUCUUGCAUUAUUUUACAUCGUCAAGAAACAUGUCCAGAUGAUUCAGUCGGUGAUUCCACCAUGGAAAUCGAUUCUGAUCGAAAUUUAAAAAAUCAAACACCAAUCCCGACUAUGGACAACGUACUAAAUGUUUCAAUUAAAGGUAGCGGUGACGAGAGUUUGUCAAAAAUUGUUACUCAACGGACUCCAUUAAGUGUUUUAGAGGUGUAUGCAAAACGUUGCAAAGUACCAAUCGAAUAUGAAUACACGACUGACAGUUCACAUCGUCACAAAUCGAACAUCUAUGUAAUACGUGGAAAUUUCGCUGGAUUUGCUGCAACAUGUCGAGGUUUAACCAAAGAAGCGACCAAAAAUGAUUUAGCCGCGAAAAUUUUGAAAAUGAUUGCAAAUCAGCAAAUGGAGGAUAAAAAACCUGAUACACUAGCGGAUCUUACAAAGACAGAACUGUUGGAAAUAAUUAAUUUAGGCGGGGAUGAUCUAAGAGAAACAGCACAAAGGAAAUUAUAUGAACUCUGCCUUGAAAAAGGAGAUUCAGUUCCAACGUACUCCGUGGAAAAAGUAAAAACUUAUCAGGGUUUGACUUACGUUGCUACAUGUUCUGCAUUAGGCUAUACUAGUGAAGGUCGUGGUGUGAGAGAAUGCGUGGCUAAGAAGGCAGCUGCUGACGAGUUAUACCAUCAGUAUUGUGAAAAUAAGAAACAAGAUUGA